AUGAUAAUCAAACAAGAACCGUCGAGUCCGUCAGAUCAGAGACAAGUUUCGCGGACACGCCAGCAUUCGACUCUCAUCAGGAAUGACGGACCCCAUCUUGCGCCUGCUUUGCCGCUAUCCGCCGUGUCUGGAAGGAAGAGGAGUCGGUCCGCAUGCGACUCUGUUCAACCACUUCAUGGCUCUCGAAGAGAGCGAAGAGAGCACCGCGGUCGAACGACGGACAGAUGGCCUCGUGGAGAUGUACCUGGAGUUUCAAUACCAAGAUCACGACCUUAUUCUCCCGAUGACACGCCUCGUUCCAGAGGUUGCCAGAGCACUGAUAGAUACCGCCCAGAUUACCACCGCAGCCCCAGAAAGCGUCUUAAAAUUGACAGUUAUAGACCGUCUCGAGAUGUGACCCCUCCUAGGCAUCGGUCACCAACCCCCAUGCAAGUCGAACCCGAUCCCGCCAUCGACUCUCUGAAAAAUGUAUCGGCUGUGGACAAAAUAAAUGAGGUCGGUAGGCGGCAAGCGGCCAGAAGUCGGGGGCCAUUGUCGCUGUCGAGCACAAGUGAGCCCGGCGAGACACCUACCACGAUCCAUUCCCGCAAGAGUGUCUCGCUCAUUGAUGCGCACCCAGCUCCAACUCAUAGUCGUUCCAAGGCAGACCCUUUUAUUGACCCAAUUGCAGGAAGCAUUGCAUCUCUCCCUUUGCGAAGACACCCUUUUUCACCUGCUCCUCAAGCCCUCUCUGUUGCUCUUCAAGCCACAAAUGGCCAAGCCUUCUCUGUUCAUCCUAGUACCCAAAAUCCCCCCUCAGAUGCUCAAAGUCUUGCGUCAACCGAUAAGAGGAAAGUGCCACGAUCUGGCUUCGCCUCGGUCAAUGGCCGAGCGCCAGGAUCGAAUCGUUUCAAAAAUGAGUUUAUGAGGUUUUUAUCUGAUGGAUCGCGAACAUCUUCUACCACCGCAAGACGUCCCUCAGUGUCCAGGCCAUUGCCGCAGUCCGAGCAGAUGAAAUCCGAAUCAAAUCUGGAGGUCACCCAACUUGAGCCCGAAAAGUUAGAGCCUCCGCGAUAUGGUGAUGGCCAACCGUCCGAUCCCCCGUUUGGGUUAUUUGAACUUGGCCCAUCUGGCAAUCAACUCGCAUUCCAGUUCAGAACGGAAGCGAGUCGGUGGUGGAGAGUGGUUGUCCAGCCCAACACUUGUAUUGCUCUCCCUGACUCGUGUCUAGUGAAUGAGGUCAGCGGAUCUCUGACAAAUACGACGAUUCCAUGA